AUGUCAACCCAGCUGACUUUCCUGUUGAUCUUAUGCGUUCUCACCACGUCGGCUGCUCUUGUUCAGUUUCCACGUAGCAAUCGCUACGGAUUCAUCUCGAGCUACGAUGAACCAUCUCGGGACACUAUGAUUGUUGAGCAUAAGCGAUACGAUCGCAACUGCUUCUUCUCACCAGUUCAGUGCAUGCUCUCCUACAAUGAUGUCCCACUGGUCGUCACUCGAAAGGCAUCCAAGAGAUUCGAUCCUCUGCUCGCCAGUCUCAACAACUUCAAGUAA